GCCUUACCCCUCCCGCCGCUCCCCUCUUUCUUGCAGCUAUGGCAGCCUUUCGACCGACACUCGCUGUCCGCAGUGGACUUUCCAACAUCCUGAAAAAGCGGCCAGACGAUGUAGUCUUCACGACGGCGCUUCGCACGCCUAUUGCGCGUCUUGGAAAGGGCUACAAGCAUGCUUACCCGGAAGAGCUGCUCGCUUUCGUAUUGCAGCGAACAAGAGAGAGACUCGAGGCCAAGGGUGUCGACAUCAAGAUCAUCGAGGACAUUUGCACCGGCACGGUCCUCAUGGAGCUCGGCGGCGCAAAGAGUGGCAGGCUGGCGGCCCUGCACGCCGGCAUGCCCAUCGAGCACGCUUACAGCACCGUGAAUCGACAGUGCGCGUCGUCGCUGCAAUCCAUCACAAAUAUUGCCAACUCGAUCAAGUCGGGGGAGAUUGCGUGCGGCAUUGCGGCCGGUGUUGAGUCGAUGACGCGUGACUGGGAGACAAAGGCGAUUCCCGUCAAGAUGAGCGAGGCCAUGAAGAAGAGCCCCAACAAGGAUGCGCGCGACUGCCUCAUGAGCAUGGGUCUCACCUCGGAGAAUGUCGCCGAGCGCUACGGAAUCGGGAGGCAGAGGCAGGACGAGUUUGCAGCCAGGAGCCAGCAGCGGGCCGAGCAGGCGCAAAAGGACGGGCGCUUCGACGAAGAAAUUGAGAAGAUCGAGGUGCGAUGGAUCGACGAAGGCGGCGAGGAAUCAACGAGGCUCGUCGACAAGGACGAGGGUGUGCGAUGGGGCACCACGGCCGAAAAGCUGGGCAAGCUCAAGCCAGCCUUCAAAGAAAACGGCACCUCGACGGCAGGCAACAGCAGCCAGGUCUCGGACGGUGCCGUGGCGCUGACGCUGGCAAGGCGAGACGUGGCGGAGCAGGCUGGCAUGGACAUCCUGGGCAGAUGGGUGGGAACGGCCACCAUGGGCGUCAAACCAGACGUCAUGGGCAUUGGCCCGGCCAUGGCGACGCCCAAGCUGCUCAAUCGCUUUGGUCUCAAUCCCAGCGACAUCGACCUGUGGGAGCUCAACGAAGCCUUUGCGUCGCAGGCCCUCAUGACCAUUGAUCACCUUGGGCUCGAUGAAGACAAAGUCAACGUCAAGGGCGGUGCCAUCGCCCUCGGCCAUCCCCUAGGCGCCUCGGGUGGAAGAUUGGUCACGAGCCUUCUUGCCGAGCUGAGGAGAACAGGAAAAGAGACAGGUGUCGCAACCCUCUGCUGCGGAACAGGAUACGGCAAAGCCACCCUAGUUGUAGCCGAAUGAUAAAUGACGCUCUUUGCUUAUUUUAAUCAAUCGAUCAACUCGAGAGACAACAAUGGCAGGCUAUGUAGAUUGGGCAU